AAAUUAAAAAACCCUAAAAAAAUCGAAAUCAAAUUAAAAAAUUAAAAUUUUUAAAAAAAAUCUGCAAAACCUCAAAAACAGCAAAAACCAAUGGAACUGAAUGAAACCCAACAACACUACUUCACCAGCAACAACUCCAACACUGUCACCGCCACUCCCUCACCGGCCAAUGGGCUUUUGCUACCUAAUGACGGGGGAGGGUCCCAUCAUAUGGUGUACCCACACUCUGUGCCUUCGGCGGUGAUGUCGGCUAUGGAACCGGCGAGAAGGAAGAGAGGGAGGCCUAGGAAGUAUGGGACUCCGGAACAGGCUAUGGCAGCUAAGAAAACGGCGUCGUUGAGCUCCAAGGUACGGAGAGAACAGCAACAGCAGCAACAAUUGGGUCUUGGUGGUGGUGGUGGUGGGUCUUCUAAGAAGCCUCAGUUGGUUGCAUUAGGCAAUGCAGGUCAAGGUUUUACUCCGCAUGUUGUUAAUGUAGUUGCUGGAGAGGAUGUGGGCCAAAAAUUAAUGAUGUUCAUUCAACAAAGCAAGCGCGAAGUAUGUAUUCUGUCUGCAUCUGGUACAAUCUCGAAUGUAUCUCUCCGCCAACCAGCGACAUCCGGCGGUAACAUUGCAUAUGAGGGUCGGUUUGAGAUCGUUUCACUGUCAGGAUCUUAUGUUCGGAAUGAAACCAGAGGGAGGACUGGUGGGCUCAGUGUAUGUCUAUCAAGUGGAGAUGGCCAGAUUAUUGGUGGUGGGGUUGGUGGACCUCUAAAGGCCGCCGGGCCAGUUCAGGUUAUUGUCGGUACGUUUACUAUCGACAACAAGGACAUUAGUGCCGGUGCAAAAGGUGUAGCCUCUGGCAGCAAGUUGCCAUCUCCGGUUGGAGGGACUUCGAUAUCUAACAUUGGAUUUCGCGCCGCUUUCGAAACUUCAGGAAGAAACCCGAUUGUGGGAAAUGAUGAUCAUCAAAGUUUCGGAGGAAGUCAUUUCAUGAUGCAACCACGAGGCAUGCAUAUGGCAGCUCAGUCCACAGAUUGGAGAAUUGCUCUAGAUGACAGAACCGGGUUUGAAUUAACAGGAAAAACAGGUCAUGGAGCUCAUCAAUCUCCGGAAAAUGGGGACUACGAUCAGAUCACUGGAUAGACAUUUGUUUCACGGUUGAAACACUGUUUUCCCCACUUUCUCUUUUUUUUUUACGAAGACCUACUUGAUGUACAACUCCAUGGCCCUUCCACCUUUCACAGAGUGUAACAUGAUAUACAUGUACAGGUCGGCUCGUUACUAUUUCGUAGGCUCUAUUUGGAGUACGGUGGGAAGGUCCAAUUGUAAACUGACAUCCAGUAACGUGCGAGUCGUCUCACCGUGCUACUGAAUAGAGCAUUACAUGAUAUCAAUUACAAUGGUAUUGGAAAUCGGAUUCUCUCACCGUGGUCGGAAAUCGAGCCCUGUAAUAUGAAGCAUGAAGUGAGGGGAUAGUGCUUUGGAAAUCCUAGUCCUUUUUUUUGUUGUUGAAAUGUUUAUGGUUGAAACCUUUGAGCUUGAAUCUUCUGAUUAAAAUAGGAGAAAAAAGAAAAAAAAAAAACUUGUAAUUAUUGUUUGGAUUUAGAUUAAUGUGUAAUUAUUGUAUACUAAUUUUCCUCCCUUUUAAAUAUAUUAACUGAAUUAUAAUGAAA